AUGGUUAUGUAUGGACAUGGCUAUUGUGAAGCAAACCAUGACCCGCCCAACAUCCUUCACAGCAUGCCUGUUGUGAAGGUUCAAAGAAGACAGUCUCACAUCUCAUAUCAUCAAUUCACAUCCAUCUCUCUUCUUCAACCUCUUCGUACUAUCAUAUCAUCAAUUUCACAUCCAUCUCUCUUCUUCAACCUCUUCGUACUAUCAUAUCANUCCAUCUCUCUUCUUCAACCUCUUCGUACUAUCAUAUCAUCAAUUUCACAUCCAUCUCUCUUCUUCAACCUCUUCGUACUAUCAUAUCAUCAAUUCACAUCCAUCCGUCCAUCACUUUUGAAGGCUAUUGAAGACUCACAUAUUGCUAUCGUUGUAUUCUCUGAAAACUAUGCCCAUUCUUCUUGGUGCUUGCAAGAACUUGAACAUAUUAUGAAAUGCAAGGUUGAGAGAGACCAAAUUGUUAUUCCCAUAUUUUAUCAUGUUGAUCCCUCRGAAAUUCGAAAUCAAAAAAGGAAAUAUGGAGAAGCAUUUUCCACACACGAGUCAGAGAAGAAAAACGUUGAAUCUUGGAGAAAAGCACUUACGGAAGCAGGGCACCUAUCUGGACAUCAUCUAUUAUUUAUUUUUGUAUAUCCAAUGUCCACGCCCGAGACAAUAUUCAUCAAAAACAUUGUUAAAGAAAUUGUAGAAAGAUUGUGUAUAGCAAUUCCAAGCGACAAUGAAGACCUGAUUGGAAUGGAGAAUCGCCUACAAGAUUUGAAAUCAAAGUUAGCAAUUGAUUCACAAGGUGUGCUGAUGGUUGGAAUAUGGGGGCUUGGUGGUGGUGGUAAGACUACUCUUGCAUAUGCUAUUUAUGAUGAAAUAUCUAGUAAGUUUGAUGGUUGUUGCUUUGUGAAAAACAUUCGGGAAGAAUCACGCAAGCAUGGUUUGGAGGAAUUGCAAAAAGAAAUUCUCUCACGUACUUUGAGGCAAAAAAAAGAGGAUUUAGUUGGAGAUGUAAGAAAGUUGAUAAAGAGUAGGCUUCGUCGUAAAAAGGUCUUGUUGGUUCUUGAUGAUGUYGAUGAUGCUAACCWGCUAAAGGCGUUGGCUUCACAUGAUURGUUUAAUGAAGGAAGCAGAAUUAUAAUCACAACUAGAGAUCAACAUUUAUUGAAAGUUCGCAAAGUAAAUGUGAUAUACGAUAUUAGCUUGUUAAAUGAUGAUGAGGCCAUGAAGCUAUUUAGCAAGCAUGCACUCGGGCAUGAUAACCGCAUAGAAGAUUUUGAUAGUCUUUCGAAAGAGGUUGUUUCUUAUGCUGGUGGGCUCUCGUUAGCACUUAAAGUUAUGGGUUUGUUUCUUUGUGACAAAGACGGGAGUGAGUGGGUGAGCGCCUUGACCAGACUAAAAGAUAUCCCAUAUGGUAAAAUUGUGGAACAACUAAAAAUUAGCUAUGAUGGACUUGAACCCCUUGUGAAAGAGUUGUUCCUAGAAAUUGCAUGUUUUCUUAGGAGAGAAGAGAAAGUUGAGGCAAUGGUGAUACUUAAAGCUUGUGGUUUACACCCAGAUAUAGGAGUAAAAGAACUAAUACAAAAGGCUCUUAUAACUGUGACAGAAGAAGGAAGGUUUGAUAUGCAUGAUCUGAUACAAGAAAUGGGACACCGCGUCGUUCGAGAGAAAGACCCCCAAAAUCCUGAAAAACACAGCAGGGUUUGGCGGCGGGAAGAUGUUGUAACGAUAUGUUCUCUGCUAGAAGAGGCAAGGACCGAAAAUCACUGGAUUGAAGCAUUAGAAGUUCGGGGUACGUGGGAACUGGAACGUAGGACAUGGGGGGAGGUUCCAUGUAGUUUUCCUCAUGCUGUUGCAAACAUGAAGGAACUUCGAUGGAUUUCUUGCUUUGGAUAUCCAGCAACUUCAUUGCCAAGAAAUUUUCAACCAACUAAGCUUUCUUAUCUACAAUUGGAUUCAUUCUUUCUAGAGCAACUUUGGGAGGGUGAAAAG